UCGACACAUAUCGAUACUAUUUCCAAUUACCAAUUCGUUACUAUUCCUAUUUCUAGUUCUACUAUUUCUAAGUGUCCAAAUAUCCUUAAAUACUGUCAAUUGUGGUGAAAAACCAAUAUAAUCAUUUUUGUGUGUAAAAUUAGUUUUUUUUAAAAACCGUGUUCGAGGAUCCCGUAUAACAUUUGGUGGCAGCGGUGGGAUACCGAAAGUUCAAUAUAUACACAGAUAUAUCCCGAAUACGUCUCCAAAGGACAAACCUUACAAAUUAAAGUGCCAGUGCUACGUUUUCUUCAAUAAUCAAAGGCAAUAAUAAACAACGUUCACCCAAAUAUGCCUUCAACAUCCUAGUGCGCGUGUGUAUUGUGUGCUAGUGAAUCCUGUGGAAUAUAAAAUAAGUGCUGUGUGGAGUUGUUCCUGAGCCUUGAUUAUAAUCAGGCCUCAUCAUCAUGCUGUGGCAGAUCUUCAUUGUCGUGACAAUACUACACAUUCCAAUCGAUGCACGAUCGGACUUUGUCAAGCCUUAUCCUUCAAACGCUGGUAUCUACUUCGAUAGCCUGGGAAAACUUAAAAUAAUUAAGAGUAAUUUAAACGUAAUUAGUUAUGUAGAUAUAUCUUUCAUAAAACCUCAUCUUACUAAUUUGAAUGAAAUCAUAGGUACAUUAAGGUUUAACUGUCAAAAAUUUAACUUAACUUCUUGUGAAAACACGCUAUCUCCUUUAACAGCUCGUUUUACAGACGUUCAACGAGAAUAUGAUUCUAUUUAUCAUCUUAUUUCAAAGCGAUACAAACGUAAUGCAUGGUUUGGCGGUAUAGGUACAGUAUUUAAGCACGUUUUCGGCACGCUUGAUGAAGACGACGCUCUUAAAUACGAUUCUGCUAUAGAAUCUAUACAAAAUAAUCAAAAGAAAAUGGCAACAUUAAUAAAAGAAAAUAUCUUAGUUACUACUUCUACCUUAGAGUCCUAUAAAAAUAUUAUAAACAAAUUAAAAACCAAUCAAGAAAUCAUUAAUGAAUCAUUAAUAUCAUUCCUUAAACAAAUAACAAAUAUCACAGAAAUUACAAACAAUUUAAUCAUAGAAACAAAAGUCCAUUCCAUACUUACCAACCUUGAAAGCUCUUUGCUUACAUUAUCGUUUCAACUCGAAGACUUGAUAAACGCAAUUAUACUCAGUAGUCAAAACAUCCUACAUCCUAACAUUGUAACGCCUGCCCAACUAUACCGUGAACUCGCCGAUAACGAUAGGCACCUACCACGGGACACUGGGAUUCCUAUAUCAUUAAGCCUAGAUAAUAUUCAUUUAAUUUUAAGUAUAUCUAAUGUUGCAUGUUAUUAUUUUAAGAAUAAACUUGUAUUUGUUUUGCAAGUGCCCCUCGUUACCAAUGAGGAAUUCAAUUUAUAUCAUACUUUGGCUCUGCCUACUCCUCAUAGAGUGGAUAACCCAAAUAGUUAUAGUUUAAUCUCUCCUACUAGUUCGUAUAUUGCUAUUUCUAAUAGUAAACAAUUAUAUUGUAAUUUAGAUAGUUUACGUAAGUGUAAGACCAUAUACUCUGAGUUCUUUUUAUGCGAAGUACCGGUAAUCUCGACGACAAGUGAUAACCCGAUAUGCGAAAGUGAACUAUUAACGAAAACUGUUAAUGCUAUUCCUAAACGGUGUGUUACCAAAACCAUAUUCGGCGAGCUAGACAUUUGGCAACCACUAAUAAACAAUCGGUGGAUUUUCGUGCAGUCUCGUCCGAAUAAAGUGUCUAUCGAGUGUGGUGUUUCAGAAAUGCGUGAGAUUAUAGUGUCCGGUACGGGUAUUUUAGAUACCCCAAAACAGUGCACAAUCUAUACAAAAGUGUAAGACUGAUAACUUCAGAUGACUCU